AUGUCCCUCCAGCUAACCCACAAUAAUAGCACUAGCUGUCCAUUUUGGGAUUAUGAUGACAUCACCAAAUGUUCUAGACUAAGAUUAGACUAUUAUCCACCACUAAUAUUGACUGUGAUAUCCUUCGUUAUAUUAUUCACCAAAUCCCUUAUAUCCUACAACAAGAAAAGACGAGGUCAAAUCAAGCUACCUGAUGAUACACGACCUCUUUUGGCUACAAGUGAUAACUAUGGAGCGACAACUAUAACUACGACCGAUGAUAAAGAGUUGAGUAAAGAAGAUUUAAAGGCAUUGCAUUUUGACCUUACCAGAUUGCCUGAUACAAAUAUUGAUGGUACACCUCAUGGCUAUGUCAAAGAAGUUUUUAAAAACACUAGUGAGAGUUUGAGAGUCUCUGUGGAAUAUGUGUUGGUGAUACUAUCAUUGGGAUUGCAUUUGUCGCCGUUAGUUAACAGAAAAUUGAACAAAGAGUUUAGAAACACCCAUGCUGUACUUGCCCAACUAAUCUUUUGGGUAUAUGUCUUCAUAAUUGUCACGAUUAGAGUUAUAAAUAUGAAAAGAGUCACCAUUAGAUUGCCAAAUUUGUGGAUACAUACUACGACACUUUACUUUUUCAAUAUAUUCCCAUCAUUAUUAACGUUUAGAUCAGCUUUGAUUACAUCUACAUUAAAUAAAACCGGCCGUGAAUAUUAUAUCUUCCAAUUCGUUAUAGCUGCUUUAUUAUUGACAUUGAAUUUGACAGCCACAGUUGGUGACAAACCCUCUCAAUUGUACAUCACUCCUGGUGUUGAACCAAAUCCGGAAAACGUUUCAAGUAUUGCAUCAUUUAUAUCCUACAGUUGGUUAGAUAAAAUGGUGUGGAAAUCAUACAAACAACCAUUAAGACUUGGUGAUAUCUGGGGAUUGAGAGAAGAUGAUUAUGCUUUGUAUGUUUUGAAAGGAUUUGAAGCAUCUAAGUCUACUUUAAGAUUCACUUACAAAAUCUUCUUUCAUUUUAAAUAUCUUUUCGCCAUUCAAGCGUUUUGGGCAAUAGUUGAAUCAAUGCUUGUGUUUGGACCUUCAGUGUUGUUGAAAAAGGUUUUAGAGUACGUGGCUGAUCCCGAUUCAAUCUCAGCAAACUUGGCUUGGACAUUUGUGUUCAUGAUGCCAAUUGUCAAGGUCUUGGAUUCAAUUUGUUCUGGUUGUUCAUUAUUCCUCGGUAGAAGAGUUUGUGUUAGAAUGAAGGCGGUUAUAAUUGGUGAAGUUUAUGCCAAAGCCUUAAGAAGAAAGAUCACCGUUACUGAAACUAUUUCGGAAGAGCCCUCUAUCGAUGACAAAAAAUCAUCAAGCGAUGAAGAUAGUGGGGAUGAAAAGGAAUCCAAAACUACUGCCGAGUUGGGUGCCAUUAUCAAUCUUAUGGCCAUUGAUGCGUUCAAAGUGUCGGAAAUUUGUGGCUACUUGCACUACUUUGUUGGUGCAAUCUUGAUGAUCAUCUUUUGUACUGUUUUGUUGUACAAUUUAUUAGGUUGGAGUGCUCUUGUUGGUUCCUUGGCUAUCGUGGUAUUGUUGCCAGUAAAUUACCAAUUUGCUCAAUGGUUGGGAAGAUUGCAAAAGCAAAUGUUGGGAGUUACCGACAAGAGGAUUCAAAAAUUGAAUGAAACUUUUCAAAGUAUUAGAAUCAUCAAAUUCUUUGCCUGGGAAGAUAAAUUUUUUCAAAGUGCGAUGGAUGUUAGAAAUGAAGAGUUGAAGUAUUUGAAAUACAGAGCUGCUGUUUGGUGCGCUGCAUCAUUUGUGUGGUUUGUCACUCCAACUUUGAUUACAUUACUUUCAUUCUACUGCUACACAAUCAUUGAGGGUCACACCUUGACUGCACCAGUUGCCUUUACUGCCUUGUCGUUGUUUACCUUGUUGAGAUCUCCAUUGGAUCAAUUAGCUGAUAUGACAUCCUUUGUCAUUCAAUCAAAAGUGUCCUUAGAUAGGGUUGCUGAUUUCUUGGAUGAAGCUGAAACAUCCAAAUAUGACCAAUUAGCUCAAGAAAAGGGACCCAACUCCCCUGAGAUUGGAUUCGAAAAAGCUACAUUGUCAUGGAAUGCACUGUCAAAAACAGACUUCAAAUUGAGGGACUUGAACAUUACCUUUAAGCCAGGCAAAUUGAAUGUCAUUAUUGGACCCACAGGUGCAGGCAAAACAUCUUUGCUCUUGGGUCUUCUUGGUGAAAUGGAUCUACUUGGCGGUAAAGUAUUCUUACCUGGUAUUAUUCCUCGUGACGACUUGAUCCCCGAUGAACAUGGAUUGACUGAAUCGGUAGCUUACUGCUCACAAUCAGCUUGGUUGUUAAACGACACCAUUAGAGGAAACAUCACGUUUGGCUCGCCAUUCAAUCAAAAACGUUAUGAUGAUGUUAUCGAGGCUUGUGGGUUGACUCGUGAUUUGCAAAUCUUAAGUGGUGGUGAUCAAACUGAAGUUGGUGAAAAGGGAAUCACAUUGUCGGGUGGUCAAAAACAAAGAGUAUCACUUGCUAGAGCGUUAUACUCAAACUCAAAACAUUUGCUACUUGAUGAUUGUUUAUCUGCUGUUGAUUCGCAUACUGCUUUGUGGAUCUAUGAGAAUUGUAUUACCGGACCUUUGAUGCAAGGAAGAACAUGUAUUUUGGUAUCUCACAAUGUCGCAUUGACAGCGCAACAUGCUGAAUGGAUUGUGGUUAUGGAAAAUGGAAGAGUCAAGAAUCAAGGAACAACCGAAGCUUUAUUAGAAUCUGGUGAUUUAGGUGAUGAUGAAUUAGUUAAAUCAUCAGUUAUGAAUUCUAGAACCCAAUCUUCGCUGAAUCUACAAUCACUUGAUGAUAAGAAUGCAGAAAUGAAGGCUAAAGCCGCCACCAUUGAGCUGAAAUUGAAAAACUUAAAGAAUGGUGAAGAUGCAGAAGAAGAACCCUUGGUGAAGACUGAUGGUAAGUUGGUUGAUGAAGAGAAUAAGGCAGAAGGAGUUGUCAGCUCUAAGGUGUACCUCGAUUAUGCAAAAGUGUUGGGUGGUUGGAAAGUGUGGACUGCCAUUUUUGUUACAUUUGUUGCUUCACAAAUUGUCUACAUGUAUCAAUCGUGGUGGUUAAGAACAUGGUCCAUUCACAGUGAAAAUGAUACAGCUAUGUUGAGAUCAGCAGUCACCACAAUGGGGCAAGCUAUUGAUACCUCCCAUUUGUCUCAAUUACCUGGUGUACGCAACCUCAUUGGUGCGGUCAAGUAUGUGAGCCUUUCCAUGAAUAGAGUUGACAAGGUUGCUGAACAACACUCUACAUUGUAUUACAUCACCAUUUAUGGAAUAAUUGGAUUCGCUUAUGGUUUCACAGCAUGUGUUAGAAUCUUAGUUACAUUUUUUUCCGGUAUCCGUGCGUCAAAUCGUAUUUUUAAGAGAGUUUUGAUAACUAUUCUUCGUGCAAGGUUGAGAUUCUUUGACAAGACACCAUUGGGUCGUAUCAUGAAUAGAUUUUCUAAGGAUAUCGAAUCAGUGGAUCAAGAGGUGACGCCUUUCGCUGAGGGUGUUUUCAUUUGCGUUGUGCAAUGUGUGUCUAUUUUGAUUUUGAUCACAUUCAUUACUCCUGGGUUCCUUGUUUUUGCAUUUGUUAUUGCAUUCUUGUACUACUUGGUUGGAUUUUUCUACUUGACAUUGUCGAGAGAGUUGAAGAGAUACGAAUCAAUCACCAAGUCGCCAAUUCAUCAACACUUUUCUGAAUCAUUGACUGGUGUUGCUACAAUUAGAGCUUAUGGUGUUGAAUCUAGAUUUAUGAAGCAAAAUUUACAAGCAAUUGAUAACAACAAUAGACCAUUUUUUUACUUGUGGGUUGCCAAUAGAUGGCUUUCAUUUAGAAUUGAUGUUGUCGGGUCUCUUGUCAUGUUUUUUGCAGGUAUCUUUGUCUUGUUAUCAAUUGGUAAAAUUGAUGCCGGUUUAGCAGGGUUGUCAUUAUCAUAUGCUAUAGCGUUCAGUGAAAGUGCUCUUUGGGUUGUUCGUCUUUACGCCAAUGUUGAAAUGAAUAUGAAUUCAGUGGAGAGAUUACAAGAGUAUCUUGAGGUUGAACAAGAACCACCUUAUGAGAUCAAAGAAACGGAGCCACCAGCAAAUUGGCCUGACAAGGGGCAAAUAUCUGUUAAUGAUGUUUCAUUGAGAUAUUCUCCAGAAUUACCUCGUGUCAUCAAAAACGUUACAUUUGAUAUCGAACCUUGUAACAAGGUGGGAAUUGUUGGAAGAACUGGUGCUGGUAAAUCAACCAUCAUUACUGCAUUUUUUCGCUUUUUGGAUCCUGAAAGUGGAUCCAUCAAAAUUGAUGGUGUUGAUAUCACAACUAUUGGUUUGAGAAAUUUACGCCAAGCCAUUACCAUUAUCCCACAAGACCCCACCCUAUUUGCCGGAACGAUUAGAUCCAACUUAGACCCAUUUGAGCAAUACACCGACGCUGAUAUCUAUGCUGCUUUGAAGAGAGUCAAUUUAAUCGAUCCAAACAACCCAACACCAUCGUCAUCAACCGCUGCUUCCACCGAAGAAAACCAAAAUAAAUUCCAUGACUUGGAGAAUCCUAUAACUGAAGGUGGAGGCAACUUAUCUCAAGGUGAACGUCAAUUAGUUUGUCUUGCACGAUCAUUGUUGAAGAACCCUAAAAUCAUAUUGCUUGAUGAAGCAACAAGUUCUAUCGAUUACAAGUCUGAUGCAUUAAUUCAAAAGACAAUUCGUGAUGAAUUUGGAUCAAGUACUAUAUUAACCAUUGCUCAUAGAUUAAGAACAAUUAUCGAUUAUGAUAAAAUCUUGGUUAUGGAUGCUGGUAAAGUUGUUGAAUAUGAUAAUCCGUACGUUUUGAUUUCGAAUUCAGACUCAUUAUUUUAUUCAAUGUGUGAAAAUAGUGGUGAGCUUAAUAGUUUGAUUUCGUUGGCAAAGGAGUCCUAUGUGAAGAAGAAGAACCAGAAGAAUCAGAAGUAA